CUACUUGUUCUCCGUACUCGUUUACGUUCUUUUUUCGCGCUCGGAUGCUGCGCGAGAAGAGUGCAUACAUACUCCUUGGUACUCCCAAAUGCUCCAUGGUACUCCGUGAAAGAUCGAGGUGAGCUGAUUCACGCUUGCGAGCGUACAUGUGUGCGCGCCCUGAAAACUUAUCGUCUUCCCGUUCGGAAGCUGCGGAAAGAUUUUUGGGUCGAGCAAUAUAUAUGUGCAGUUCAAGGUGGCUGAGAUUCGAAGGAAGACUGAAGGGAAGUAAAGGGAAGCAAAGGGAAGUGAAAGAAAGAGAAGGAUAAUGGAACGUUAGGAGGCAGAAUGCCCAGCACGCCGAAGCAUGCUACCGGCUCGUCUUAAACAAUGUCUCAUAGGGAUAUCUCUGAGGUGGAACCCGAAGGUUCGUCGGCCUUGGCUGCCGGAUCUCGGACACUGUUCCUGGAGACGGUACGCAGAAGCAAUGCUGCGUGCCAGAAUGGAGACUACGCUUUAGCUGCUACUUUAUAUACAGAGGCACUAGCUUUAGAUCCUCUGAGCCAUGUGCUGUAUUCAAAUAGAUCCGCAGCUCGCCUCAAGAUGGGCAUGUUUGCUUUAGCCUUACAAGAUGCUGUGAGAGCCACUGAGCUUAGUCCCCAAUGGCCAAAAGCGUAUUAUCGGCAAGGUGUAGCGCUCCAGUGCCUCGGCCGUUACGGCGAGGCCCUCGUGGCCUUCAGCAUCGGCCUCGGGCGCGAGCCCAACAACUGCCAACUGCUCUCGGGCCUCGUCGAGGCCUCACUGAAGUCACCACUGCGUGUAACCCUUGAGCCGACGUUUCAACAGUUGCGCGCCAUGAAACUCGAUGAGUCGCCAUUCGUGGUGAUAUCGGUUGUGGGCCAGGAACUCUUGGGUGCCGGUCAGUACAGGGCCGCCGCUGGUGUACUCGAGGCCGCCCUUUCCAUCGGCUCUUGCAGCCUCAAGCUCCGUGGCAGCGUCUUCUCUGCCCUAUCAAGCGCCUACUGGGCUCUCAAUUCCCUCGACAAGGCCAUUAGCUACAUGCAGCAGGAUUUGGAAGUGGCCCGUUCACUGGGCGACGCGCAAGGUGAGUGCCGAGCCCACGGUAAUCUCGGCUCGGCUUACUUCAGUAAGGGUAGUUUCAAGGAAGCGUUGACAGCUCAUCGCUAUCAGUUGGUGCUCGCCAUGAAGUGCAAGGACACGCAGGCCGCGGCCUCGGCUCUCACGAGUCUCGGACACGUGUACACGGCUAUCGGCGACUUGCCCAAUGCCCUCGCCUCGCACAAGCAGUGCGUCCAGCUUGUCAAGCAAAUUGGGGAUAGACUGCAGGAGGCCAGGGAGAUUGGUAACGUCGGCGCGGUAUACCUGGCUAUGGGCGAGUUCGAGAGCGCGGUUGACUGUCACACUCAACAUCUUAGAAUUGCCCGUCGACUAGGCGAUAGAGUAGAAGAGGCAAGAGCUUUUAGUAAUUUAGGAUCAUCGCACCAUUAUAGAAGGAAUUUCGGACAGGCCAUGACUUAUCACGAGAAUGUUCUUCGAAUCGCACAAGAGCUAAACGACAAAGCCAUUGAAACGAGGGCGUACGCCGGUCUGGGACACGCGGCUCGAUGCGCUGGCGACUUGCAGCAGGCAAAGCUCUGGCAUCAGCGGCAACUCGACGUGGCACUAACGACCAAGGAUAAAGUCGCGGAAGGUCGAGCUUGCAGUAACCUGGGCAUUGUGUAUCAAUUACUGGGCGACCAUGACGCCGCCCUCAAGUUGCACCAGGCGCAUCUUGGCAUCGCUCGUGCCCUAGGUGACAGAGCGGGAAUGGGUCGAGCCUACGGUAAUAUCGGUAACGCCUACAAUGCCCUUGGCUAUUACGAACAGGCCAUCAAGUAUCAUAAGCAGGAGCUCACCAUCAGCAAAGAGGUGAAUGACAGAAGCUCAGAGGCAAGUACGCAUGGUAAUUUGGCGGUCGCCUACCAAGCGGUCCAGGGUCACGAAACUGCUUUGCGUCAUUAUCGCGCGCAUUUAGCAAUAGCCCGCGAACUUAAGGAUGCGGCUGGCGAGGCCUGCGCACUACUCAACCUGGCCAACUGUUUGUCGUCGCGCGGACGUUUCGACGAAGCCAUACCCUACUACGAGAAUUACCUGAUGCUGUCGCAAGAGUUGCACGAUGUCGAAGGCGAGGCAAAAGCCUGCCACUUUCUCGGAUAUGCACAUUACUGUCUGGGCAAUCACCGCGAGGCUGUGAGAUAUUACGAUCAAGAUCUGGCCCUUGCCAAAGAUUUGCAAGAUAAGUCCGGGAUGGGAAGGGCCUAUUGCAACUUGGGACUGGCCCAUCUCGCCCUCGGUAAUCUCGACACAGCUUUGGAGUGCCAAAAGUAUUAUUUAGCCAUAGCUCAUAUGACGAAACACGUGGCGGGCAAAUUCAGGGCUCUGGGUAACAUUGGCGAUUGCCUGCUACGCUUUGGCGAGGCAGAGGAGGCUAUUAAGAUGCAUCAACGGCAACUGAGCCUUGCACGCCAGGCGUCCGACCGGAGUCUCGAAGCCGCGGCCUACGGGGCCUUGGGUGUCGCUCAUCGCGCGACUCGUAAUCUCGACAAAGCCCUCGGCUUUCACACGCAGGAGCUAACGUUACGCCAGGGCGCCCACGGUAACCUCGGUGCCGUGCACAUGGCGCUCGGUCAAUACACGCAUGCCGUCAAGUGUUACCAGGAGCAAUUGGAAAGAGCCAGAGAGCUCGGUGAUUCAGGCGUCGAGGCACAAGCGCUGGGCAAUUUGGGAAUAGCGAGAUUGAAUAUGGCCCAUUACGAGGACGCGAUUAGCUACUUCGAGCAGCAGCUCUCGACCCUCGAGCCACUUACGAAUGGCACAGCGCUACUGGAUCGAGCGCGAGCUCUCGGCAAUCUUGGCGAUUGCUAUGAGGCCCUGGGCGAUCCCGAGGAAGCCGUGAAAUGCCACGAGCAGCAGCUCGCGGCGGCAGUACGAUUGCGAAGCGUGAAGGACCAAGAGCGAGCGUACCGAGGUCUGGGCAGAGCUAGGGAAGCCUCUGGCAAUUAUCAGGAGGCACUUGUUUGCUUCGAGAAGAGGCUGCUCGCUGCUCACGAGGCCGACAGCCCCGAGUCUCGGGGAGCCGCAUACGGCGAUUUAGGCCGGAUACACGCGGCCCUGGCUAAUCACGAGCAGGCGGUCAGUUGUCUCAGUCAUCAAUUAUCACUGGCGCGCGGCUUAGGUGAUAAAGCUGCAGAGGCGGAGGCCGCCAGUGGACUCGGGGCCGUCCACCUCCUCAUGGACGAUCCCGAUACGGCGCUCGAGCAUCACCAGCUCGAGUUAUCGAUCGCCGAGAGUCUGGACUCUGCUGAUUUGCAGGCUAGGGCCUGCGCCAACCUAGCCGCCACCCAGGAGGCCCUCGGACAGCUGCCGGAGGCUAUCAGAUUACAAGAACAAUCGCUUAGCCUCGCGGCAGCUGCAGCUGAUUUGGUCGCAAGAGCCGCGGCCUUCUCGAGUCUUGGUCGACUUCAUCAUCUCUGCGGCGAUCUUCCUCGUGCAUUGAGUUACCUCCAAUCAGGACUGUCGCUGUGGGAGGGUCUAGGUCGACAGGACGAGUCGGCGCGACUUCGACAUCGACUGGGUCUUGUACACUGGGAGGCAGGCGAGGCGACAAUAUCCGUUGAGCAAUUGGAGAAGGCCGCUGGUUUAUUCGAAUCUCUCAAUAACUGUGCGGCAAGCUAUAAUCAGCAGACCAGUAAAGUCGAGCUUCUUUCACAAACUUAUCGAAUGCUGCAGAAAGUCCUUGUAAGUCUGGGCCGUACAGAUGAGGCCCUCAAUUGGGCUGAGAGAUCUAGAAGAACAAAAGAAGAGAGCAUGACCGAAGAGGCAAUCCACUAUUCCGAUAUUGUUGAUAGACAGCGAGGCAUCGUUCUUUAUUACAGCGAAGUGGAUAAUGAAGUGCACAGCUGGUGUCUGGCGCCGGGUCGUGGCGUUCUCCGCUUCCACUCGAGCAGCCUGGCGAACGGCCCGAGUCUCGAGAAACGCGUGAUGGAAGCACGGGAAGCUCUGCUGUUGGGCGAGUUGACCUUGGAGUCAUCGAGUCUCGACGAUGGCUGCUGUCCUUCUAAAAUGCCUACCCGAGGCCAUCAUCUCAAUGCUAGCUCUUACAGCCUCAGCAGCCUUUUUAGUGUGGGUUCCGUUAGCUCGAGGGCGGGUAGCGCACGUUGGGCUCAACAAAGGCCCGGACCCAUUUGGCAGUCACCUCAAAGUCUGCAGUCUCUAUAUGAUUUGCUACUGGCACCAUUCGAGGACCUUUUACCAAUGCCUAGAAAAGAACUCAUUCUCGUAGUCGAGGAGUCACUUUAUUUAGCACCGCUGCCUGCACUCCAAGCCAGUCCAAGCGACGACUAUCUUUGCGAAAGAUUUUCGCUGCUCGUCAUACCCUCACUACAUGCACUCAAGCGACGAUCCAAGCCACCAACGCCGGAGGGUAACGCGACGGUCGCCGCCUUAGUUGCCGGAAAUCCGAAUAUCCCGGAACAAAUACGCGAGGAGUACGGAUGGAUCGAGAACGUCUCAUCGGCUGAAACCGAAGCCAGUAUUGUCGCUGAAUUGCUUGAAACGAGGCCUCUAGUUGGUGUUGAGGCGACGCGCUCGGCGAUACUGCGUGGCCUUCCGGAUGCCGAGUGCGUGCAUUUGACGGUGCCCGUCUUCUGGACGAGUAAUCCGAGCCUCGGCUUGGCGGCGGAGCAAUGCGAUGAGCCAAGCGACAAACCGGAGUACCAACUGGAUUGUCGCGCGGACCUGCAACGACUGACCGCGCGUCUCGUGGUUGUCUCCGGCAGUCACUGGGCCAACGAUUCACCCGGCAUUGCCAUUAAUGCACGGGGUGUGCAACAAUUAUCGAAGGCUCUGCUGAGCGCCGGAGCUCAAUGCGUCCUCGUCGGCACGUGGCCGGUGCCACCGACGGCCGGCAGCAUAUUACUGCGAGCCUUUUACAGCGCUAUGUUGCAGGGUCAAAGGGCAUCGAGGGCGCUAGCGGAAGCCAUGCAGACCGUGCAGCACACUAGGCACUUUGCGCACCCGGCCAACUGGGCUGGCUGGCUGUUGCUAGGUGGCGACACGAGGCUGUCCAACAAGGUGGCAUUGAUGGGUCAGGCUUUGGCUGAGCUGUUGCGCAGUGGACCGGAGCAGAGUCGCGACGCCCUCCGCGUCACUCUGCAUCUCGUUGAGAAGUCGUUGCAGCGAAUACAUUGCGGGCAAAAGAAUGCCAUGUACACGACACAAAAGAGUAUAGAAAACAAAGUGGGUUCGGCCACGGGAUGGCGGGAACUUCUGAUGUCCGUUGGCUUCAGGUUCGAGCCGGCGGGUAACGGCAUUCGACCCUCGGUUUUCUUCCCCCAGAGCGACCCCGAGGAAAGAUUGACGAGAUGCAGCGCGAGCUUGCAAGCUCUGCUGGGCCUGGGUCACGCCUCUCUUCACGCACUCGUUCGACUGCUACAGGCGCCUGAGGCAGCGGAAGACGUGAUCGCGGCUAUGAGAAGAGCCAGUUGCGCGACAGAGGGGCAGGAGGUAAAACUACCUGUGUGCGUAUGGCGGGCCUCUGGAUCUCACGAGCUCUUUGCCAGCUUGGGUUUUGAUCUUAUGGAAGUCGGUCAGCUGGAAGUCACGUUAAGAACGGGCAAGCAAGCGUCGAGAAGAGCCGUUCAAUUCGCCCUUCAGGCCUUACUCGCACUCUUUGAUACGCAAGAAGCACCAAAAAGUCUUAGUUUAGAUUCAGGUAGCUCAAUGGAGAGUUUGGUUCCUGUAACGCAAACUGAUCGGGGACUUUCUGAAAGACCUCGAUUGGGUGGCGCUUUUGCUAGUUACGUAAAACAUCGCGGAGAACCCGAUGGAAAGACCAUGGAAACGCCUAUUUCUCGUUUAAAUUGCCAAAAUCGCGAAGACGAGCCAAGCGAAAGUUUCACCCGGAGCUCCCCGGCUGCGCUUAACCUUAAUCACCAGGCACGCAUCCGCAAGCUCUACCCGGAUCAGUGCAUGAGCCAGCGUCCAGGUUCGAGCUCUAGUGGCUCGCUAACCGACUGGGAUAGCGGUCACAACACAAUUUUGCGCCGCCAGCCUUUGCCCGCUGUGCCAGCAACCGUCCUCGAGCGUCUGAGCGUACGUACGGAGCUUGGAAGCAGUGGAACGGCGCCGAGGAAACCGCCCCAGCCGGUGCCUGGAGCGGAUACCAAGCCGGAGGCGCUUCAGAGCCCGGAGAUGGCGCACCAACAUCAUCAUGGGAACGCGCGGAGUUUGGCGACCUCCCUCACGAGUCUCACGCGUGAGCUCACCCCAACUAUCUCCGAGGUUUAUCACGAGAGGAACCUCGGUCUCGGUCUCGCGCCCUCUCUCUCCAAGCUGCUGGAGGAAGUGGGUCCGGAGGUUGGCGAGCAUCAGCAAAUCGUGUCUAGGAACGGCGCCCAGGCAACCGACUGGCUCCAGGGAGAUACCGAACUCUAUCGUAGGGACGAGGCUGACGGCAGGUCCAUCGCGGAGUCUCAAUGCAGCGCUACGAGCAGUAAUAAAAUGCGUAGAAAAGCACCGCCGCCGCCUGUCUAGCUUUAGCCCUUACUUUUAUCUCGGGCCCUUGGGAUCAUGAGUUAUGAUGGUCCGAACGUCUAUGUGAAUUCAUAACAGUGACGAGAAGAAGUUCCAAAAAUUACUUUGUGAAUCUUACAUAUAAAGGUUAUUCGAACGUCAUUCUGUCUGCCAUUAAUAUAUUUUCGAAUCAAUGAGUUUCGAUCUUGGAGAAUUUUUGUCGAACCUCUUCAUCUUUGUAUGUAAUUAAGUACUGUGGUAUUCAUUUUGCUUAAGCUUGUUUACAUAUUAUGUAAAAUUCAAUCCAGAAUACCAAUGUUCUUUGGUGAUAUAAUUUAAAAUUUUCAAGUCACCGUGAAUGUUUGUAAAUUCAAGUAGAAAUAGGGAUUUUAAUUGAAAUGUUAAAGGGAAGGGAGGAACGGGAAGUGAAACAUUGAAAUGGUUACAUGGAUGACAUUAUAUUCAAAUAAAUUCAAUAAUACUUUAUAUUUUUU